AUGCCAAGCAGUACUAUUGAAAAAAAAUUUGACCCGGUCUUAGGAGGACAUUUUAUUCUUAUAUGUUUUCCAUCUAUGCUAUCUAUACAGUUAGGAAAAUUCUAUCGCUCUCUGAAUCCAAUUUCUGAUUGUUUCCAAACUUCUUCUGUAGAUGUAGCCAAAUAUAGUGGUUGUAAAACAUUUCAUAGCUCUACACAUACUUCUUUCACAAUACUAGAAACAGUAGUGCGUCCGACUCUGAAAGAAAAUGCUAUUGUAUGGUGCGACUCUCCUGUUGCCAAAUAUCUGAAAUAAUAAGUAAAUUAUACAUUUCAAAAAAAAAAUACUCAAUUGCGAUGAACACUCGAUAGAGUUCACGUAAAUUGGUCCUAUGUAAUUAAUCGUGGUAUAACUUAUUUUACUAUAAAUAUCAGGGUUGAAACGUAUAAUAUAAAACACAUAAUUAUAUAUAUUUUUUACCGUACAAAAUAAAUAAGUAAUAAUAAAUAUUUAAUAUACAUUUAUAAUUUAAAGUUCAAUUUUAAACUAACAAUUAUUAAAUUAUUAAAUCACAAUGGUUGUUAAACCAAAUAUUUAUAUUAUUUAAACUUUGUUUUAAUUAACAGGUGAAACUGUGAAGCAUAAAUGGAAGAACCUAUAUGAUUCAUAUAUUAAAUAUAUUAAGUUUUUAAAGGGAUCAACCGGAUCUGCUAAAAAAAUACCAAAAUUGGCCAUGGGCAGCUCAUUUGGAAUUUUUGAAAAAUACAGUAGUACCUCGAGUGACUACUUCAAAUGUAUCACAGACCCAUGAAAUAUCGCACAUUGAUGAAGCUUAUGAACAGGAUGAGACUGCAGAUAGCGAAAUCAUUGUAACUUUGCUAUCUCAAAUGCUACCACCUAAAAAAACACCAAAAGGAAAAGAAGUUACAGAAGACGUCGCUGCUGUAAUAACAUAUCUUGAGAACAAAAUAAAAAGCAAAACUGAUACAAAACUUGACCACAUAGAUAGUUUGUUCUUGCCAUACCUUCAAGACAUGUUCGCCAAGAACACAAACCAUUCUUAAAAUGGAGAUGUCGCACUGUUGUUCGGACUAGCUGAACUCAGCGAGGUGGACGCUUGUACUUUAACUCGAUCCUCUCCAAUGUACUCAACAACUUCGUCUUGGUCAGAUAGUAACUCAAAUGGGGCUGAUAAUUUCACUGGUAAUAUCAUUCAUCCACUCAACUAUUCAAACCUACAUCUAAGCACCGACACACCAAUUUCGUCACCACUCGGAUCUUACCAGGUUUCUCAGUCAACCAGAGAUUUAUACGAAAACGCGACAAUGUUCAUUGAUACACAACCAAAUAACACUCAGACAUAG